AUGGAUUAUGGAACAAUUGCUGGUAUUCACGUAAGAAGAACAGACAAAUAUAUAGAAGUACCCCCAUACAAGUUGGAGGAAUAUAUGAAAUGGAUAGAUUUAUGGUAUAAUACCGAAGAAUAUAAGGUUGAAACGAUAAAUCCAAAAUUAAAUUUAAAACAACAAAACAAAACAUUAAAUAGACGAAAAUUAUUUAUUGCAACUGAUGAACCUAAAAAUAUUAUUCUGGAAGCUGAAAAACGUUGGGGUAGCCAAUACGAAUUCUUACAUAAUCGGCAAGAUGCUCAUUGUUAG